AAUAUGAAGAGGAAAGUUAUGAGGAAAUCUAUGCUACUCUAAGAGUAAGGGUCAUAUCAUGUACUAUUAACAGGAGGGACGCAAAAGAGAAAAGCAAAAAAAUAUCUGAAUCUCAACAAGAAAUAAGAUUAAGAAAUAGGAAUGUAUGUAGACCAAUUUCUCUUAACAUUCUAAUAGAUAUGCAAGAAGGGAUUUCAAUACCAAAAGUUAAGAAAUCUCAAAGAAAAAUACUAUAUACUUUAUUUGCUGUUGACCAACUAGCCUCUAAUAAUAUUGCUGAAGAAAUUUUCAAUUUUCUCUUAUCAGCAAAACUGAGACAAUAG